AUGUCUCUGGAUGGUGGUAGGGUCUCACCCCAAAGUGUAUGGAUGGUGGAGGGAGCCUCUUCCUGGAAUGUACAAAGACUGAUUCUGUGGCGGGGCCAUUGCUUUUAUCAAGGAUAUGCUGCAGAAAUUCCAAAAUCAGCUGUGACCCUUAGCACCUGUUCUGGACUCAGGGGAUUUUUGCAGUUGGAGAAUGUCAGUUAUGGCAUUGAGCCAUUGGAAUCUGCAACUGUAUUUGAGCAUAUGCUUUAUCAAAUAAAUAAUGAAAAAAUUGAUUUUUCUCCCUUAAAAGAAAAUUUUCCUAUGCCCCAAUUGGUACAAAAAUCCUACAAGAUUCUUGUGAAAUCAAAAAAAGAUUCAGAUGAACUAUUGGAAACAAUUCUGAAAAUACAAAUCAUUAUGGAUAAAGCUUUGUUUGAUUACAUGGGCUCUGAAGUGGCAUUUGCAGCUGAGAAAGUUGUCCAUAUCUUUGGUCUUAUCAACAUUAUGUUUUCCCAGCUUAAAGUGACUGUGAAGCUGACUUCUUUGGAGCUCUGGUCAGAUCAAAAUAAGAUUUCAACUAAGGGGGAUGCUGAUGAAGUACUACAAAGAUUUGUGUCAUGGAAAGAACAAUUUAUGUUUCAAAGAUCUCAUGAUAUGGCAUAUUUAUUAAUUUAUAGGGAUCAUCCUAAUUACGUGGGAGCAACAUAUCAUGGAAUGGCAUGCAAUCCAAAAUUCGCUGCAGGAAUUGCUCUGCCUGAAUUUGAAUGUCUUCACAAUCAAAUAGUUUCAGAAGUGGUUUACCAAGGAAGAAAUUCACUUUGUGGCAAUGGAAUUUUGGAACCACCAGAACAAUGUGAUUGUGGUGGUACAGAGCAUUGCAAACAUUUGAGAAAAUGCUGUAAUCCUGCAGAUUGUACUCUGACUGAAUUUGCAGAGUGUGGCACUGGAGCAUGCUGUGAUAAAGAAACUUGUCUGAUGUCUGUAAAAGGAACUGUAUGUCGGGAAAGCAAAGAUCCAUGUGAUUUUCCAGAAUUUUGCAAUGGAAGAAGUGAAUUUUGUGUACCUGAUGUGAAAUCUGCUGAUUUAGAACCAUGCAAUAAUAAGACUGCCUAUUGCUAUAAUGGGAUAUGCCAAGAUACAGAUAAACAGUGUGCAGACUUAUUUGGAAAAUUUGCAAAAGGUUCUACUCUCUUGUGUACACAAGAAGUGAAUAUGCAUGACGAUGAUUUUGGAAACUGCAGAAGAGAUUUUUGUAAUUUUAGGGAUAUCCUUUGUGGAAAGAUAGUUUGUUACUGGACCCAUUUAGAAAUAAUACCAUUUAAAAAAUUUGAUAUUCAGUAUACUUACAUGGAAGGCCAUCUGUGUGUCUCUUCAUAUUUAAGAAUACCAACAGCACAUGUGACAGAAGAUUAUACCUAUACAUCAAAUGGCACUAUGUGUGGUCCAAAUAUGUAUUGUGACCAGGGACGUUGUUCUUCUAGGAAUUCAUAUGCACAGAGAACAAAUUGUGACUCAAACAUAAAUUGCAGUGGACAUGGGGUUUGCAAUGAUAUGCUUAAUUGUCACUGUGAUGUUGGAUAUUCUCCUCCACUUUGUAGACCAUCACGAACAUCACCAGGAGGAAGUAUCAAUGAUGGGUUUUGGAGUAAGGGAAGUUAG